AUUGUUUUUCUUGUUUAGCUCAUUGGGUAUGUGAUUGAACAAGCCCGAAAUGAUCAAGUCUGUGCUUGCUCAGACAGAUAAAGCAGCUUAAAGCUGAUUCGAUUCUUUUUUUUUCUUUAUCGGUUAUUACCUACACGUUUGGUUCAUUUCUACCCAAAGACUCUAAAAAUUGUAGACAUACCAUACUCUAAAAAUUGUAGACAUACAUACCGCAAUAUGGAAAGAAGACAUAGAAUCUUUUAAAGACUCGUGUGUCGAGACCUGAACUCGCUAGUGAAUCGAUUCCCAUUUCGAGAAUGAGUUGGCUAAACUCACCCAGCAAGCUUGAGCUCAAGCUUGUAGGAAAUUGUCACUGCGGAUUUACCGAAUAAGAUUUUCAGAAGUGGCUCUAUGAGUAUCCAUGACUAGGCCAAACCUAGCUCAGUUGUCUGGUUCAAAAGUGUGAUCUGUUUUUAUCUCGUCCCUCCAUGCUGCGUCUCUCCCUCAUCACUCCGGUCUCUUUUUACUAUCACACUGGCGCAUCUGGUAAAAUUCCAGCAACUAUUACAGUGCUAUAAAACUCGUAGCAGGCUGUAAGGUAUUAUUGAAGACACAGUGUUUCAGUAGAGCACAAUGGUAGGCUGUGAUGGUGAAUCAAGAUCAAGAAGGGUUCGAUACAAACUGACCCUUGUAACAGGACUGCUAGAGUGCCUGUGCUUUGCCGGUGUUGUGUUUGGAUGGGCUUCUCUUGUAUUUGUUUUAAAGACUGAUGGAUACUUUAGUGAUCUGUGUGUUAAUGUGACUACAGCAAAUGGAACAACAGAUAAAGACUGCAGUGCUCAGGAUGAGCAGUUGUCUCUAAUCUUCACUGUUGCUUCCUUCAUGAACAACUUUCUCACUUUCCCCAACGGCUUCCUUUUUGACCUGUAUGGAACGAUGGCUACAAGACUUCUGGCAAUAUUUCUCUAUACUACAGGGACAUUGCUUGUAGCAUUUUCAAGCAAAGCUUUCUCCAUCAUUCUCUUCCCUGCCCUUUCUUUCAUUGCUGUGGGCGGCAUUUUGUUACUUCUCACAAACAUGCAGGUGGGAAACCUUUGUGGCAAUCAUCGCUCGACAAUCAUUACUCUCUACAAUGGUGCUUUUGAUUCCUCAUCUGCAAUUUUCCUCAUCAUCAAAGUCCUGUAUGAGAAAGGGAUUUCCCUUCAGACCUCUUUCCUCUUCCUGUCUGCCUGUGAUAUCAUUCAUCUACUGCGAACUCUUUUCCUUUUACCCAAAUCACGCAUCCCUUAUUCAAUCCCAGAGAGCUACACUUAUGGGUACAGGGUAAGCUGUCAUAGAUCAAAGUGCUAUAAUGUUGAAGAAAAUGAGCUUGAGCUGGAGUCCACGCCAAACAGAGAAAGACAAGGCAUGAGCAGAGACCAUGAAACAAUAAGUACAGAAGGCUCGCCUCAGAUGGAGGAAGGCUUAAGCAGAGAUAGCAGCUUUAAAAGCUGUGUUCUAUCCUCGAUCUUUGUGUGGCAUCUGAUAUGGCUUUCAGUCAUGCAGCUGCGUCAUUAUCUUUUCAUUGGAACGCUGAACCCAAUGCUGAACCGACUGGCAGACCAGGACCCAGCCACUGUUAGCCACUACACCAAUGCGUUUGCCUUCACUCAGCUGUCUGGGUUUCUCUGUGCUCCAUGGAAUGGCUUUUUAAUGGACAGACACAAGGGGAAGGCAUUGAAGCCAGGAGAGACAGAGAAAGAAGCAGACUUGCGCUCGUCCAUCCUGUCUCUCUUCUUCACCUCUCUGCAGUGCCUUCUCUUCUCUGUGUGCGCAACCAUUCCUGUUCUUCCUCUGCAGUACGCCACGUUCAUCCUCCAGGUUCUCAACCGUUCCUUCCUGUACGGAGGAAACGCUGCAUUCAUCAGCAUUGCGUUUCCUGCCAAACACUUUGGGAAGUUGUACGGACUCGUGAUGUCUCUCUCAGCUGUGGUGGCACUGCUGCAGUAUCCUUGUCUUGCUUUGGUCAAAGCUUUUGGAGGGGAUCCCUUCUAUGUGAACCUUAUUUUGACUAUUCUGAUGCUCCUGGCUUUCGUCCAUCCUCUGAACGUCUUCUUUCACUGUAGAAAAAUGGCUGCACAGAGGGGUAACACACAGAGCAUGCUGAGAAGAGAAUCCACACAAUAACUUGUAGAAGACCGUUCCACUAACCUCUCUAAAAGCAUCUCUCAGUUCCUUGACUCCAAUCAUAUCUGCUGUCUCGGCCAACAUUUUAGGCCCCAUCAGCUCCACAAAGUCAUCAAAGUCAACUCUGCCUCCGCCUAAAGAACAGGAAAGCAGUGCAGGUUUAUCUCAAUUUAUAUAUUCAUAAAGCAGUUACAUUUUUUAUGUGUACGUCUACAUUCUGAGUGUGUAGACUGUCUGUGUGGUUUGCAGGAGCUGGAAAAAUAUAUGAAAGAAGACUCCUGUUAAUGUUCACUGACAUUUAUUAUACAUACCACUAUUCACAUCACUUUCACGUUUUAUAUAAAAUAAACAGUAUUAUAUAUUAACAGUAAAAUUAGUGAUUCACAUCACUAGUUUAUAUUUAUAUAUUGGUUCUGAGACUUUUUAUAGUAAGAUCUCAUUUACAAGAUAGCAGGUGACCUAAAUAAUCUAAGGCUGACAAUAAACAGGUGUUUUGUUCUUUUUUAAGAAAGGACAUUGUUCAUAUGGCAAAUCUUUCUGUCAGAAGGUGAUUAUCUAGGAUUUAUGGAAGGAGUAUUUUAGUAUACAGGACAUUGUGCUGCACUUUCAGAGAGAGGAAUGACUGCACAUAGAUGCUAUAAUGCAAGUGAUAACUGGAACUAACAUUAACUGUAACUUCAUUAUGCCAUCUCAUUACCUCAUUGUUGAUUAUUGUUCAUUAACUUUGUUAAUAAUUUUCCUAUAACAAUGUUUUAUGCCUUAUGUAAAUCUGCAGAUCUGUCUCUGCGCUAUAUUACAUAUGCAGUCGUGCUUACAGAUCUG